UUUCUGCCUCUGCCGCCGGCCGAGUGGGCUGCGCUUGGGGGUCGCGGUGGGUAAAGCGGGUUCCGAGGCGCCCGGGCUGACGGGGAAGGAAGCGGGCCGACCCGAAAGGCGAGGGGACGCGCCAGGUCCUUGCGCCAUGCAGGGCAGUUCAAGGCGGACGGGUGUCAUGACGGAUGUGCACCGGCGCUUCCUGCAGCUGCUCAUGACCCAUGGGGUGCUAGAGGAGUGGGAAGUGAGGCGCCUGCAGAAGCACUGCUACAAGGUCCAUGACAGCAAUGCCACCAUCGAGAAGUUAGAGGACUUCAUCAACAAUAUUAACAGUGUCUUGGGGCCCUUGUAUAUUGAGAUUAAGAAGGGAGUCACUGAGGACGACGGGAGGCCUGUGUAUGCGCUGGUCAAUCUUGCCACAACCUCCAUUUCUAAAAUGGCAACCGACUUUGCAGAGAAUGAGCUGGACCUAUUUAGAAAGGCCUUGGAACUGAUUAUAGAUUCAGACACUGGCUUUGCCUCUUCCACAAAUAUUUUGAACCUGGUUGACAAACUGAAAGGCAAGAAGAUGAGGAAGAAGGAAGCAGAGCAUGUGCUCCAGAAAUUUGUUCAAAACAAGUGGCUGAUUGAGAAGGAAGGGGAGUUCACCCUGCACAGCCGGGCCAUCCUGGAGAUGGAGCAGUACAUCCGGGAGACCUUCUCAGAUUCAGUGAAGAUGUGCAACAUCUGCCAUGGCCUCCUUAUUCAGGGCCAGAGCUGCGGCACUUGUGGCAUCAGGAUGCACUUGCCGUGCGUGGCCAAGUACUUCCAGGCCAGCUCUGAUCCCCGGUGCCCCAACUGCGACGAUUGCUGGCGCCACGAGGUUCCAGAGAUCUUCAACCCUGAAAGAACACAAGAGGCCAGUGUCUCCAGACCUACCAGGAAGACUCUGCGGUCCAGGCAGCAUUAGUGGGGUGCCUGGCAAAGCCCUGAAGGAAGAGACUCAUGCCCCUGUGCUUACCUAUGUGUCCCCUUGCACAGGCUUCCAAUAAAAUGACCCAGCAGUG